GCCUCGCUCCCGUCGCUUGACCUGUACUGUCCCCACGGAGAUCACGACACGAACCGAGCAAGAACCGCACGAGCCGAGCCCAGCAGCAGGAUGGCGGCGGCGGCGAGCGGGAAGGCGCCGUCGCUGGUGGUGGCGGCGAGCAUGGGCGCGGUGGAGGCGCUCAAGGACCAGGCGGGCCUGUGCCGCUGGGACUACGCGCUGCGCUCGCUCUACCACCGCGCCGCCGCCGCGCCCCGGAUCCGCGCGCUGUCCGCCGCGCUCUCGGACUCCGUGUCCGUGCCGGCGGACGCGCCCCCGCGGGCGUCGCGGCCACCGCCCCCGCCGGCGCCGCGGGACGCGGACAGGAUGCGCAAGGCCUACCACCUCGUGUGCUGGGGCCCCAACUGAUCGGCGGCCGGCGGGCGGGCGGGCGGGCGCCGACUGCAUGCCUGUAGCUGUAGCGCGCGCGCUGACCAAGGCCUGGCUGGGUGUGGUUGUCUACUUGUCUGUAGCUUCUUCUUCUUGUUGUUGGCUCCUCUCGUGUGUGUGUGUGUUGCUCUCGCUCCGUCCAUCGAUUCCAUCCGUGUCCGUCGGCAGAUGAGAUGAGAAUGAGAAGGCGAUGUGAAUGCUCUUCCGUCGUUUGGGUUCCGGAGCCGAGGAUUCCCUAAACAAAACCAAUUUUACUACGUGCGCUGCGUAC